UAGUCACCUUCUUCCCCAUUAAUUUUCCUGGGAAAAUAUCAGCGAAAUUUCGGAUUACAUUGAGAAUAUUUACAACCAUGGAUUCCCUGUAACUUUCCCAACCACUCACUUUCCUACUCCUCCAAUUGUCAAAUACGGAGAAUCAUCAGCUAGAAUGCGCUCAUGUCAUCUUCGGAGCUCAAGCGCAACCACUGUUUCAACUACUGUGAUGUUUCCUCACAAGUUCUAUUUCCGUUUUUCCCCGAUUUUCCAGCCGAGGGUACUUCGCCGCUCCGUGAAAUUCCGCCGCCUUUUUGAUCGAAUUACUCCUUUGCCUGUUGUUACUGCAUCGAUCAAUUCUGUCAUCGCUUCUGGAAAUAUUAUUGCAGCUGCUGCAGCCGCUGCUUCCGGCUCUGGAUCUGUUCAUGGUGCUGUCACUUCUGCAAUCACGCAUGUUGCUGUUACGGCCGUCGCUAUUGCCUCUGGAGCUUGUCUCUCUACUAAAGUCGAUUUCCUUUGGCCCAAAGUGGAGGAGAAACCAGGUUCUCUUGUAUUGGAUGGAGUUGACGUAACUGGAUAUCUUAUAUUUGAGGAUUCCAAGGUGCAAAAGGCUAUUGAGUUUGCAAAAAAGGCUCAUCAUGGGCAGUUACGGAAAACUGGAGACCCUUAUUUAACUCAUUGCAUCCACACUGGAAGAAUCUUAGCCGCUUUAGUUCCGCCCACCGGUAACAGGGCAAUUGAAACAGUCGUGGCUGGGAUUCUCCAUGACAUAGUUGAUGAUACAUGUCAAAAUUUGCACAACAUAGAAGAAGAAUUUGGUGAUGAAGUAGCCAAGUUGGUGGCUGGUGUCUCCAGGUUAAGUUACGUAAACCAGUUGUUGCGUAGACAUCGCCGAGUAAACGUGAACCAGGGUUCCUUAGGUCAUGAAGAGGCAAAUAAAUUGCGAGUUAUGCUCUUAGGCAUGGUUGAUGAUCCACGUGUUGUGCUCAUCAAGCUUGCAGAUCGUCUUCACAACAUGAGAACCAUUUACGCUUUACCACUGCCUAAGGCUCAAGCUGUUGCACAGGAGACCUUGGUUAUUUGGUGCUCACUUGCUUCUAGAUUGGGUUUAUGGGCACUGAAAGCCGAACUAGAAGAUUUGUGUUUUGCAGUUCUUCAGCCCCAAAUGUUCCUGAAGCUGCGCUCAGAAUUAGCUUCCAUGUGGAUGCCUAGUAGUAGAGCUGGAAGCUUUCGGAAAAUAUCUACCAGAGCUGAACUGCCACCGUUGGAUAAAGGCAGUUCAACUUGUUGUCACAAUAUGCCAAUAACUAUGACUGAUGAGGCCACAAACAUGAAGGAACUUUUGGAAGCUGUUGUACCAUUUGACAUCUUGGCAGACAGAAGAAAACGGACAAGUUAUCUAAAUAAUCUCCAGAAAAGUAUAGACACUUCUAUACAACCAAAAGUCGUGCAAGAUGCUAGGAAUGCUUUAGCAUCUCUGGUGGUUUGUGAAGAAGCAUUAGAACAAGAAUUGAUUAUAUCAGCCUCUUAUGUUCCAGGGAUGGAAGUAACUUUGUCCAGUAGAUUGAAGAGUUUAUAUAGUAUAUACAGCAAGAUGGAACGAAAAGAUAUCAGUAUCGAUAAGGUAUAUGAUGCCCGAGCAUUAAGGGUAGUUGUCGGGGACAAGAAUGGAACUCUACAUGGACCUGCUGUUCAGUGUUGUUACAGUCUUCUCAAUACUGUACACAAGUUAUGGUCCCCCAUUGAUGGUGAAUUUGAUGAUUACAUUGUUAACCCAAAGCCUAGUGGUUACCAGUCUCUGCACACUGCAGUAUUAGGUCCGGAUAACUCACCUUUGGAAGUACAAAUAAGAACACAGAGGAUGCAUGAAUAUGCUGAACAUGGACUUGCUGCACAUUGGCUUUACAAGGAAAACGGAAACAAAAACCCGUCGUUAAGCAGCAAAAAUGAAUCUGAAAGAGACGUAUCUCGGUAUUUCUCUGAUUCAGAGUUCCAGAAUUCGAGUGAAGAUGAUUCUCAUAAGUAUGGUUUUCUCAAAGCUGGCCAUCCAGUUCUUAGAGUGGAAGGAAGUCACUUGCUUGCUGCUGUUAUUAUUAGAGUGGAUGAGGACGGAAGGGAACUGCUUGUUGCUGUGAGCUUUGGACUUGCAGCUUCUGAAGCCGUGGCUGACCGAAGAUCUUCGUUCCAAAUAAAGCGCUGGGAGGCUUAUGCUAGAUUAUACAAAAAGGUGUCUGACGAAUGGUGGUGUGAACCAGGUCAUGGGGAUUGGUGUACUUGUCUAGAGAAGUAUACGUUCUGUCGGGAUGGUAUGUACCAUAAGCAAGACCAAUUUGGUCGGCUACUUCCAACCUUCAUUCAGGUCAUUGAUUUUACAGAGCGGGAAGAAUUCGAAUAUUGGGCCAUAAUGUCUGCCAUCUCUGAGGGCAAACAGGUAGACACUCCUACAUCUAGGACAAGUUCAGACUCCGUCACAUCAAUCUCCACCGACGCUAGCAUCAAUACGAAGGUACAUUUUCUAAGGACUAUGCUUCAAUGGGAGGAGCAAAUACUUAGUGAAGCUAGUAAUUUUAGACAGGCAAAACAGGGAGGAGAGUAUUAUGUUUGUCGAAGCUCCGUCGCGCUUGAGGAAGUGGUAAUCGUUUGCUGGCCCCUUGGUGAGAUAAUGAGGUUAAGAUCUGGUAGCACCGCCGCAGAUGCCGCUAGAAGAGUUGGAUCUGAGGGUAGGCUGGUUUUGAUUAAUGGUUUGCCGGUAUUACCCAGUACUGAAUUGAAAGAUGGAGAUGUAGUUGAAGUGAGAGUGUAAAUAAUUCUUCAAUUGUACAGUUAGAUCAAUGGGGUGAAAAUGAAGAUGUGGUCUAGUGCAUUGCAGGUUUAUGUGAAUAUUAGUGGUCAUUUAGGGUAGGGAAUAGUUGGAAAAUUUUCAUCAUUGGUGAAUAUUACUUGAUAAUCAUACUACCUUCGGGUGACAAAUUUAUAGAUGCCAGGAAAAGGAAAGGUUUUCAGCUUUGAAAGCAACAGAAGCCGCAAUGUAUGCUUAUGGCCUCUUUGAUAGGCAAGCGAAUGGAGCUUGGUUGUUGCAAAUGCUUUAUUGGAACUUCGAAGUUCGGAGUUUUCAGUACUUUCACUGUAAUUCAAUUAUUACAUGAAUCACACAAAUGAUUGUCAAAUCGAGGUACAGAUUUACGGUUCAAUCUUUUUAUCUCACAAUUAUUUAAUUAAAA